AUGGGGGGUUUACGUGGGCUCUUAUGCUGCAAAGGCGGCAAUCCGAACGACGACGACCAGAACUUGGCCAACCGACCAGUUGAGAAACCGAGUGUGCACAAUGGGAAUACUCAGAUUGCCUCAAAUGUGCCGGGAAAUGGCCAAAAGCCCGGCUCUUCAAAUGAGGCGACCGACGAACACCCCGAAAUGAAUUCUAAGGAGAAAUCACACCCUCGCAAUCUUUGGAAAGAAGCAUAUGAUGGACUGGAUCAGAAAACCAAGGAAAACAUACCUGCAAUUGGCGUCUCAGUUACAGAUGCCAUCCAGGGUGUCAUCAAAACCACCCAAGAGAAUUAUGAGGCAUGGCAGAAGGGUGGCCUUAGGUAUCAUAGCAAGGGCGGAAAAGAAUACGACAUUCGUGCUGCGACAGAGAAAAUCUUCGGCAUUGCAUCGAAGGCGAAGGACGUUGUCUCGACAUUCGUUUCCUUCGAUCCUACUGGACACGCGUCCUCGGCGUGGACAAUUGUUUCUUUUGGAAUGAGUAUUGUCCAAAACAACUUGGACCGUCGGGAUGCUGUCUUCGCAUCAUCCGAGUUUCUAACCGAGCAUCUAACGUACUUUGCAUUGAUUGAUGCAAGAUAUAGAGACAAGGGAGUCGGAAGUGACUCUAAUGUUGAUCAGGCCCUUAUUCGAGUCUAUUCGGCGAUGCUGUCCUUCACAGCGGAAGUACGAAAGGCACGAGAUGAAAAUGAAGCAAAACGCAUGGCAAAGAGCAUCUUCCAGUUUACCGAUCAGUCACUUUCCACAUUGAAAGUUGUUGUCAAGGAGCAGAAAGAAGCCUUGAAAGAGUGGCAGCAGCUGGCUGCGGAUUUGAUUAACCAAGAGAAUGCAAAGAAGCUCCUUGCGGAUUCCGACCAGCUCCUUGAAAACACGAAGAACAUCGAGUCCAAGCUUUCGACUGAGGAGCAGAAGACCCAGCUUCAGUGGCUGUCAUCGGCCAAGUUCUCGACUCGCCACGACCUUUUGGUUAAAAAGCGAGUCGGGAAUACUGGGCUCUGGCUUCUUGAUUCACAGGAGUAUAGCAACUGGAUGGCCACCUCAGGAAGCCUCCUUUGGCUCCCUGGCAUUUCCGGCUGUGGAAAAUCUGUGCUUUGCUCUACUGUUAUUCAUGAGCUCAAAGAUCUAUGCGGCCUGGACAAAUUCAAGUAUCAUGCCUAUUGGUACUUUGAGUUCGGUGUUGAUUGGACCAAAAGCGUGGAUGCUUUAAUUAGGUCACUGAUCAGGCAGUUGAGUCGACCCCCACUUGCGCCAUCUGUAGUGAACCUUUACACGCGGCACUACGUCCAAGGAAGCGAGCCCGAUUCAGAGGAAAUAUUGAAGGUGCUUCAUGAUCUUUUGUCAAAAAUCCCGGAGAAGGGUCAAGUUUACCUGGUUUUCGAUGCCUUAGACGAGUGUCCUAACAACGGUGACCCUAACGAGAGAGAGUCUCUUCUGGCCCUUCUGAUGGACUUGCUUGAAAGACACAAUAACAAAAUCCAUAUACUCGCCACUAGUCGGCCUGAGAGUGACAUCACUCACCAGCUAGGAGGUUUUCCUAGCGUUGAUUUAGCAGCCAACCUGGCCGAAGAUGUGAAAACAUUUGUCAACGUGGCACUUACCAAAGACCCCCUAAGGGACUGGAAUGACGGGAUCAAGAACCUGAUUCGCGAUAAAUUGCUGAGCUUUAAGGAGCGUCGUUUCCGUUGGGCUGAGUUACAAAUCGAAGAGCUCAAGACACAUGUUGAUGAAAACGAGCUUAAGAAAGCCCUUGACUCGGUCCCGCCAACUCUGGAGGAAACCUACCGUAAGGUGCUUGAGGGCAUUAAGAAACAUAAUGUGGCCAAAGCACGGGAUAUGCUUAUGCUCAUUUGUCUCUCCCCUGUCGCUCUUGAUGUUCACGCAGUUGUUAAGAUGACCAAAGUUCGCGGACCGAACGAUGUCGUCACAAUUUGCACAACAUCCCUGGUUAGUCUCAACGACAGCACGAUCCAGCUUGCACAUUUCUCGGUGCAAGAAUAUUUGAUCGUCAAGCUGAAGGAGGACAAGCAUCAUGAAUGUCAUUUUACUGAGGCCGAUGGACACAAGUACCUCACUGAAAAGACAGUAGAUUUGCUCCUUGCGCAAACGGAAUAUAUUACAGAAGAGAAGAAGGCUUUAGAGCUUCCCCACUUCCUUUAUGCGGCCAAGCACUGGGACUAUCACUUGGCUGCUGCCGGUGGCUUUGAUAAGAUGUCCCCUGAACUUCAAGUCAAGAUAAACCGCCUCUUUACAGACUCGGAAGUCUAUGUUAAUUGGGUUCGUGGCGCCGAUAGUGACGAUUGGCACGCCCGCAACGAGUGGAGUAGAGUGUUCUCGACAAUCGAGGAGCCCGACGAGCAUGCCGACAACGAGUGGAGUAAAGUUUUUUCGGAGUGCGAGGGGCCUAUUCAUAGGGCUUCUGUCAUGGGUUUGGUUCAUACCGUGGACGCUCUACUUCAGCAGGGCGCGGAUCCGUUAGAACCAUACACGUGCUCACAUCCAGAGUGGAGGAAAGCCGAAAUUUUAAGUUCGUUCGGGAUUGCUGCUCGAGUUGGAAACUUAGACAUCCUACAAUCUUUGCUUGACAAGAGAUUGCCCCUCGAAAAACAAUCUGUCGUGGAUAUCUUGCGGUACAUUGACUAUCGCAGAGCUGGCAAGGCCAAAUUAGCACAGAUUUUACAAACGUUGUUAGAUCAAGACCUGCUUCGUGACAAAUUAAUCGAUGCCCCCGAUACAAUCAGCGACCUUGCAAUUUGGGCUACACUUCAGAACAAAAUAUCAGUGACUGAGAUUAUGAAUGUCUUUCUGUGCUGGUCAUCAAUCUCAAUACCUAUUACUGAUUCCCUUGUGGCCCAUUCAAUCACAACCAUGCCUUCUGCCAGCCUGACGAAGCUUCUUUUCGAGAAGUGCGAUAUUCGCGUACCGCCUGAAGUGGUAGAGGAUCUUGAACAGGGUUCCCCUUUCAAAAGCACCGCCAGUCUUACCUAUUUGGCGCUAGAGCGGCCACAUGAGUUGCCCGUAUCAGACGGGCUUGUUAAAGCCUUUGCGCGAUAUGAAGAUACAAAGGUGAUGAAGUUCCUUUUAGAAACCCAAAAAGAACACAUUCAUGUGACGAAUGACGUUUUGCGGCAUGCGGCUGCCAAUCCACGAGAAGGAGAUAUGUUGGACCUGCUUUGGCCUUUGAGAGACCCUGGCACUCUGAUUGAUGAAUUCUUGCUAAUGGACGCGGCAUCAAACCAAACUCAUCAAUAUGAGUAUUUGUCUCGCUUGCUUCACGAAAUGGAACUGGAUUUGUCCUUGUCCCCUGAUUUUGGAAGACAUUUCAUAGAAACAAUCUUGGAAGCCGACAUAGAAACAGGCCAAGGGGUAGAAACCCUCCAAAUGUUGCUUGAUAUGCCUAAUUUGAACCUGGCAUUUACCGAGGAGACGUUUCAAGCCAUUUGUCAGCAUCCAAAGGCGGUGGAGAUGAUGGAUAUUCUGAAGGAAAGGGGCAUAAAUGUUCCUUUGACCGAGCUUAUCGUCGCAAAAUCCAUCGCGAAUGAGACGAGGGGCCUUGAGCUCUUCAACUAUCUGGUGCAGAUUUCCACAGAACCUCUCAAGAUAACAGAUAUGACCAUUCUUGGCGCCGCUGCGAACCCCAAGGCAGGUGCUGAGAUAUUCCGCAAACUUGUUCAGGCUGCUCCAGAUAGCGCGUUUACAGACAAUCUCUUUCAGGAAAUCGUCGACGCGGGUCACGCAAAUGCUCUGGCGGGUCUUUUGGAUCAAAAGCGGAGAGAACCACCACUUGAAAUGAUAUUGGAAGAACUGGCAAGUCCAAGUCAGGGUGUAACGUCAGCUGAUAUGCUUGAAGUCCUUCUUGAGCGAGAUUUGGUGAAAGCUGAUGAGCAUACGGUUGAAAUGCUGUCUAGGAACUUCCAUUGCCUGAGAACCUUGCUUUCCUGGAAUCGACAUGUUACGAUCAAUCAGAAUGCCCUCAUGGAGGCCGUAGGAGACCUCCGAUCCAUACGGCUAGUGAUGGCUGCCCAGGAGAAUCAUGUGGAAAUCCCGGAUGAUGCCCUACGUCUCGCAAUUAUCAACCGUAAUUUGGAAGUAUUGGAAGCCAUUAUCAUUCGACAAGAGUCACUUGCCGAUAAAAUUAUUUGGUUGGCUGCUGAAAAUGGGGAAUUGAGUGAAGGCCAACAGUUAUGGCUUCUUCAGCGGCCUUCAGAGUCCUGGCUUAAAGGCUUUUGGCAGCACACUUGGAGGGACCCCGAUUUCCCUGCACCCUUUCGAGCCUGUUUGCUCAUAGCUUACCUUCUCAACACCAAAGAAAAAGUUACAGAGGACUUGCUGGAGGAAUGUUCUUACGAUUCAGAAGAUGGUGAGAACUAUGGGUUUGACAUGCUGGUCACAGUGCUCUGCUGGUCGGAUGAAAUUUCCGACCCGCCCGCGACUGAACGGGCAGCUGAGAUAAUAGCUGAAAGAUGCAUUCAAGAGGUUGUUUUGAGGUUUUUGGAUCACACGCGGGUCCCCAUCACGGAAAAUGUUAUCAGGGCGGCGGAGAAGAGUCGACAACAGGAUGUGGAAGAGACGGUGGAAAUUUUGAGGGACCUGGCAGGGUAG